AUGAUUGGGACCUCUAGGAGUAGAGUAAAGAAGUUGAUUGGUAAGUUGAAAUCGAAAGUUGUUGCUCUAUUAGAACCUUUUCAAAACUUAGAGGAAGCUCGUAAAUUGGCACGGUGUUUGAAUUUUGAUAGUGUCGUUUCUAAUGAGGAUGAAGGGGGGAAAAUCUCGAUAUUCUGGAAUGGUUCCUAUGUGGUGCAUGUGGUUCGGAUGGGAAUGCAGUUUAUAUCUAUGCUAGUACGUGAAGGGAGUAAGAUGUUCUGUCUCACUGUGGUUUAUGCUAAAUGUACCAUGGCGGAGAGAAUACGCCUUUGGGAUGAUCUCAGUUCUCAAAAUUUGGGAUCAUAUUCUUGUGUGUUUGUGGGUGAUUUUAAUAUUAUCCGUAAUGAUUUAGAAAAGAGAAAAGGUAGGCCUCGGCCUAGCAUGGCAAUGGAGAAUUUUAAUAAUUGGAUUCACCAAGGAAGUUUGCUGGAAAUGGCUUCAAAACGAAGUAUGUUUACAUGGUGUAAUGGGCGAUCGGGGCUUGCCCGGUCAUGGGCCCGUCUUGAUCAUGCUCUUACAGAUAAUUCUUCCUUUGCUUUGUUUCCUAAUGCUACUUGUUCAUAUUUGACACGUUCUACUUCAGAUCAUGCUCCCAUGUUUAUUGAACUCAAGAAAGAUCCGUUCGUCUAUUGCCCGGCCCCUUUUCAUUUCCAACAAAUGUGGGUGGACCAUCAUAGCUUUUUGGAUUGUGUCGGACAGGUUGGGAUUUAA